AUGGCGAGCUCGCACGAUUCACACGUAUGGGUCCGAACCGACCUGGUCGAAAGCGUCUUGGGUAACGACGGGACUUUACCCAAGGGUUGGCGUCCUCGGAAACGCACACGGGUAAGCGGUGAUGAGUGGGGAUGGGUUCGGGCGGUUGUCCACCAAACGACCAACUCGACGAAUACCGUUGAUGAGGCAACGGCUACGAGUGCCUCGGAAGCAACUUCGCCGUUUGCACACGUAAAAUUACGAAAGACGAACGCAUUAUCGCCGGCACAAAAGUCGCCCUCGUCCAGAUGGACCGGAUCUCCGACACGACUCGCCAAGACGGUACAGAUUACGCUCACGGUAGAUGAUCCCCUGCUGGCCAAUGGAAAACUCAAUGGUGAAACCGUUACGUUCAGCUAUAAUACGGGGGAACAAUCCAAAGUCUGCGUCGCUAACGCCUGGUGGCGCGAGGGGCAACCGCCACCGGAAGACUUGACCAGUUUGGAACAAUUGCACGAGCCAGCGGUAGUCUUUUGCCUCCUCCAACGUUACCAGUUAGACCACGUUUACACAUACACGGGCAAGAUUCUUCUGGCAUUGAAUCCAUUCCAAACGUUACCCAUUUACGGGGAAGAGAUUAUGCGAUUGUACUGGCACACAACCGGCUCGUCGUCGCCGAAAGCCCAAUACGAACGCCCACCACCUCACAUUUACGCUAUUGCGGAGGACGCUUACAGAUCCAUGAUGCGCUCACUCCAAAUCAAUGCCUCGCGUGGAGAAAAUCAAUCCAUUCUAGUAUCGGGCGAAAGUGGUGCUGGAAAAACCGUCACCACGAAAAUCAUUAUGCGCUACCUGGCGACUCUGUCGGAGCAACGCUCCCACACUUCCAGGGUAGGCAUCGAGUCGCAAGUACUUCAGAGUAAUCCCAUUUUGGAAUCAUUCGGCAACGCCCGUACCGUUCGAAACGAUAAUUCGUCACGCUUUGGCAAAUUCAUUGAAAUAUCCUUCCGGGACGGGUCUCUCGUAUCGGCAUCGGUUGAAACGUACCUACUGGAAAAGGUUCGGCUGAUUUCGCAGUCGCCGGGUGAACGGAAUUAUCACAUUUUCUACGAAGCCCUGGUAGGUUUAUCUUCAAAAGAUGCUCAAAGCUUGGGUAUUGCCGACUCAUCACCACGAGACUUCCGCAUGACGGCCGUGUCCGGUACCUUCGAUCGCCGCGAUCAGGUACGCGAUGUUGAUACAUACCGCGAUUUGCGACAGGCCUUAGAUACAGUUGGUUUUUCGACAGAAGAGCAGCACGGCCUAUUCGUGGUAGUAUGCGCAUUGUUGCACGCGUCGAAUUUAACUCUGACCGAGUACGGUCACGAUGCGAGUGCAUUGGAUGAAUCGAACCCUAGUUUGCCUGCGACAAUUGCUUUGCUCGGAGUCGAUCCCGAGGAUUUAAACAAUGCCGUCUGUAGCUGCGCUAUCGAAGCUGGGGGGGAAAUCUUGUUCAAGAAUUUACCUGUGGAGAAGGCACAUAAGGCAAUGGAAGCUUUGAUCAAGGCCACCUAUGGUGCGCUCUUCACGUUUAUUGUGCGCAAGAUCAACUCAAAGAUACAAGCACAACACGAUACAAGCGGAUUAUGGCAAGCUUCGAUUGGCGUUUUGGAUAUCUUUGGUUUUGAAAGCUUCGAAGUGAACUCCUUCGAGCAGUUGUGCAUCAAUUACUGUAACGAGGCGUUACAGCAACAAUUCAACAGGUUUGUAUUCAAGUUGGAACAGCAAGAAUAUCACAAGGAGGGAAUUGACUGGUCCUUCAUUGCGUUUCCUGACAAUCAGGAUGUUCUUGAUUUGAUUGAAAAGCGUCACGAUGGAAUAUUGUCCGUACUUGACGAACAAUCCCGGCUGGGCCGAUGUACGGACAAGUCUUUCGCUCAAGCUAUUUAUGAGAAGUGCGGUGCCCACCCUCGUUUUGAAUCUUCCAAAUCACAGCAAGCCAUACUAGCAUUUGGAAUUCAGCACUAUGCUGGCUCCGUUGAAUACAACACGGCUAACUUUUUGGAAAAGAACAGGGACGACUUGCCGAAAGAGACAACAGAACUGCUUAUGUCGAGUUCCAAUCCGUUUUUGGUUGGCCUUGGAAAGAUACUUUGUGAAAAAUCAUUGCAACGCGCCGCCAGUUCCAUCUUACGGGACAGCGUCGGCAGCCAGUUCAGCUCACAAUUACAGUUGCUACGGAAACGUAUAGAAUCAACAGCUCCGCAUUACGUCCGGUGUCUUAAACCCAAUGACGAUUUGGUACCAAAUAGCUUUGAUCCUUUGGUGAUUGCCGAUCAAUUACGCUGUGCUGGUGUUCUAGAGGCGAUUCGAGUGUCUCGAGUCGGAUUUCCGCACCGAUAUUUUCACGAUCACUUUGUGCAGCGCUACAGUUUACUGGUAGCUAAGCGGCUGACCAAGCGAGGGCGAGGGCUGAACGGUUGUGACUCUUGCGGAAGUUUAGUGGAAGAAAUCUCUCUUCUGGGAAUGCAAAUGGGCAAAACAAAAGUUUUCCUUCGUCGUCGUGCAUUUGAAGCCUUGGAACACCUACGAGGACUCAAAAUGGAAAAGGCCGCCUCAAAAAUUCAAGCAUUUGGACGAAUGAUCGUCGCGAAACUCAAUUAUGAUAUAUCUGUGUACGCUGCCGUUUUAAUACAAAACUUCUUUCGACAAAUCGGUGCAUUCCGUCUUGAACGUGCGCAGAGAAUCGAAGAUGCUGCCGAGAGAAUUCAGUGCAGCUGGAGAAGUUACGAUGCACGAAGGACAAUGCAAGCUGCGCGUUACGUUGCCUGGUGGUGUCAGAGUACUUAUAGGGGAAGUGUCGCCCGUCAGUUAUGUGCCUAUUUAUUUUUGGACCGUAAGGUGUUGACGAUCCAACAUGCUUGGAAAUAUUAUGCAUCAACUCGAACUUUUCGUAAGUUACGCAAAGCGGUGGUCCUUCUACAGUGUCGACACCGUGGUCGUGUUGCCUAUCGCGACUUGUGCAGACUGCGCCGCGAAGCUCGAGACCUGUCUACCGUUGCUGCUGAACGCGAUCAGCUUCGCCAGGAAUCUCAGCGUCUUCGUCGAGCGCUUGAGCACGCG